GAGAGUUAACGGUGCGGGGAAAGUCGCCUCUCCUCCGCCCGUGCCGGGCGCCUGGCAACCGGGGCGCCGCGCAUGUAGGGCCGCCGGGGGCUGCCGCCGCCGCCGCCCCCCCGCCGGGCCCCGCGACCCCCUCCCCGCCCCGGACAAGGCGUCUAAGGUGCCCAGGCGUGAAGUAUGGCAUGCAAAGAUGGUUUCUGCCAAGGAGCCAGCCAUCGCCAUGUCCUCGGGUCUCUCCAUCGCCCUCCUGCACUGCCUGUGCCUGGCGACGUGUCUCACCGGGCCGCCAGGGCAGAGCAAAAAAGAGGAGAAAUUGUGGCCGGAGAAUUUCACCAGCAUCCUGAACAGCCUCCUGGAUGGCUAUGACAACCGGCUGCGACCGGGAUUCGGGGGUCCUGUUACUGAAGUCAAAACAGAUAUAUAUGUCACCAGUUUCGGACCUGUUUCUGAUGUAGAAAUGGAAUAUACGAUGGAUGUCUUCUUCCGUCAGACAUGGGUAGACAAAAGAUUAAAAUAUGAUGGCCCUAUUGAAAUUUUAAGACUUAACAACUUGAUGGUUUCGAAGGUGUGGACUCCUGACACUUUCUUCAGGAAUGGGAAAAAGUCUGUUGCACAUAAUAUGACAGCCCCAAAUAAACUCUUCAGAAUAAUGAGAAAUGGCACCAUCCUGUACACAAUGAGGCUUACAAUAAGUGCAGAGUGUCCCAUGAGAUUAGUGGAUUUUCCCAUGGAUGGUCAUGCUUGUCCUCUCAAAUUUGGGAGUUAUGCUUAUCCAAAGAGUGAAAUGAUUUAUACCUGGACGAAAGGACCUGAGAAGUCAGUGGAAGUUCCUGAGGAGUCUUCCAGUUUAGUUCAGUAUGACCUGCUUGGGCAUACAGUAUCCACUGAAACCAUUAAAUCUAUUACAGGUGAAUAUAUUGUUAUGACAGUUUACUUCCACCUCAGACGGAAAAUGGGUUAUUUUAUGAUUCAGACCUAUAUCCCUUGCAUUAUGACCGUGAUCCUUUCUCAAGUUUCAUUUUGGAUAAAUAAGGAAUCCGUUCCAGCUAGAACUGUGUUUGGAAUAACCACAGUGUUGACAAUGACGACACUGAGCAUCAGUGCAAGACACUCACUGCCCAAAGUAUCCUAUGCUACUGCCAUGGACUGGUUCAUAGCGGUCUGCUUUGCCUUUGUCUUCUCUGCUCUUAUUGAGUUUGCUGCUGUCAACUAUUUUACUAAUAUUCAAGCGGAAAAAGCCAAAAGGAAGACGGUAAAAUCCCUUCUUGAAUUUCCAGUUGCUCCAGUACAAAGAGAAAGAAGUACGGAAGAGACACUCUCGAGUACAGAUGCCAAUUCAAAUGUGAGGAAAAGAACGAAUGCCACAGUACAGUCCGAAGGUGAUGGUGGGAGCCGAAUUGACACAAGGCACAGCUCCAUCCACCCUCCCUCUGUAGCUCAGGGGUCUUCUGACAUUACACCCCACUCCCUUUCUGCAUCAAGUCCCAACCCUUUCACACGCAUCAAUGCAUCAGAGACUUUAUCUUCUGCAAGAGCUACCCCUCCAGCUCCUCCUUCUACCCCAAUUUUAACUGGAUUUGUAUCCCAGCAUGCCACAGCUGGAUCCCCUUCCAUUCAGCACUUGCUUGGAUCUAGACUGGAGCAGAUUCAGACCACCUCACCUAACACAUUAGGAGCAUCUGCAAAGCCAUCUGCUGUCACACCACCUGCUCCCCCCGCCUCCCACUCUGGCACGAGUAAGAUAGACAAAUAUGCACGCAUUUUAUUUCCUGUUACCUUUGGAGCAUUUAACAUGGUCUACUGGGUGGUGUAUCUAUCCAAGGAUACCAUGGAAAAAUCAGAAAGUCUAAUGUAGUUUUGCUGCUAUGUAGUAGUUCCUAAAUUAUACUCACAUCUGAUGCAGAGUUUCUUCUUUUGAAACUAUUUAAAAAGGUCAGUAAUUCUUAUUUAUAAAAGCUGUGUGCUACUUUCCCAUUGUAAAGGCUGGAGUUAUUGGGGAUAAUUAGUUAACUCCUAACAAGAGUAACGGGUAACAGAUUGGUCUUCCUCCCUUCAGCUGGCAGUGAACCAUCACUCUUUUCAGACAGGCUGCUCUGGCUACACAGAACUUGCCUUUGGGAGGAACACCUAAACCAAAUCAAAUCAAAGGCAGAGGUGCAUAGCUGUGCAGUGGAACACAUCUUGACUGCUAGGAAUACUCACGUUGAUUAUUACAAAGCCCUGAGGCACCCAGCACUGCUAUCUGGAGACAGCAUUGCACUCUUGGAGUGCAAGGUCCGUGUCCUGAACAUUUUGACAGUGCUUGCUAGAGAGGGUCUUGCCCUGCUAGAUCAAAAUUUGCAGAAUGGGGGGAAGAAAAUGAGCAGUGGAAAAAGAAAAGGGAGUCCAGCCUGGGAGAGUGCAACUCCAGAAAAGUUAUGCAAAGGAGUUGUAGAGCUCCAUAUAUUUUUACUAAGCAUUAUUUUGCGUUGCAACCUGGGAAAUUCUCACUCUGGAAUAGGAAUGAGCGAACCUUGUAAAAUCUGAAAUCCGAUGUAAUUCUCAAAAUUGGAGAUUUUUGUUUGGUAAGGUGAUCUUAAGUUUUGUGAUUCCCUUUUGACCUUGCUGACCAGCUUGAGUGGAUUUAUUUCUAAAUUACAUCUGUUGCGGUAGAUGAGGAUUAGGCCCACAAUGUUCAGCCUUUUAUUUGAAUUUGUUGUUUUUCCUUUGGAUGCUUUGGGGUUUGCCCCCCCUUCUCCCAUUUUUCAGUCACACUCCUCUGAUUUGAUUUGAACACAUAUUUCUCUCCCUUAUAUAAUGUGUGUGUCAAGAAAAAUUUUCAACACUGUUUUAAAAGUGGCUUCAAAACUCAGCAAAGCAAAAUUUCCUCUGCUCAGAGUGUGGCUAUGGCACGUCUUUGAAUGAAUGAAUGACACAGCCUUUUGUGAAGGAAUGCUGUGACGUAAUUAAGAAAAAGUUUCUAGGUGAAGCUUGGGGGAAAAAAAAGUUUCUGUUUAUGAUCUGUUUGUUUCUCUUAAACUAUGGCAUAAUAAGCGCUUUUCCUGCCAGCUCUAAUUGCAAUAUGCGAGCAGGCAACUUUAAUAAAGAACUGAAUACUUUAAACCUGAUAGAAAUCUUGAUCAGAGAUGUUCUUCUCAGCAGAAUGGGUGGAAGAUACACUGGCAAUAAUUCUAAAAAUGUUUGUACAGAUCCAUCUGGUUAGGCAAAUGGUUAACAUUUCUGUGCAAGUGACAAGUAAAAAUCAAAAGCCAAAUUCUCGGCUGUGAUCUGGCUGUGCCUUUGGAGGUUCUGGACUAAUCCUUAGCUUCAGUUGACUGGAAUAGCAGACUGAUUGCCUGUUAUCAAAGUUUUAUGCUGUGGCGGGCAGAUCAGGUGAAUGUUGAGUGGUUCUGUACCCAGGUAAUGAUCAAGUGAAUGGUGGAGACCACAAGGUGCUGGGGUAAUUGUGGGUAUACAUGAGGCUGCCCUAGACUAUGCUGGGACAAGAAUCAGAGUAAAAAUACCUCGUAAUGGUGAAACUGUGGCUGUAUCUUUGUGCCUCUUUCUUUUAGCCAGUUCAUAGCUGAGAAUCUGACCUUUUAAUUUACAGGACCUGGGAGGCUGCAGAUGUGUACUACAGCAUAUAGUAUGGAUCCCAGGCUGCUAUUUCAUGUAUAACAUUGGAAUGUUGGUGAUAGAAUGCACUGGAUGUGGGAACGUCUUAUAUGACUUUAUUAUGAUGUAGUGAUAUAAACAGUUACCUUAGUCUUUUGUUACUUAAGUUUUAUCUCAGAAGGCCACGUAUCAUCCUUUCCUUUUUGCCUUUCACAUCUGGAAGCCUGAGAUUACGACACUCCCUAGAAAACCAUUAUGCAUGCCAUAGCACAGAACUGGAAAUGGAGCAGCCAUGCCAGACGUCGAACUGCAGUAGUUUGCACCUUUGGAAGUAUCUGUAGUUGCUGUAGUUGUUUCUUCCCUAAUUUGGUCACAUCAUUGCAGAUUGUCAGAAUGGAAGAUAAUAUACAAGAGAUUGUUUGUUUAUUUUGUUUAGCCAGAAGUAACAAAGCUAAUCUGGCAAUUACUGACCAUAAGUGCACAAAUCAUGAAAUAUUUCUAUGAAGAAUAAUGGCCUUCUGUGUUGAGAACCUAGUGUUUGUACUGGAAGUUACUGAAAUUACUCUUUGCUUUCCUCUCUGAUGGAAACCAAGGAUGUUUUCUCUCAGGCAGAGCUUUAAACAAUUCACUAGAAACAGCUGUCUCUUCCUUCCACCCAUGCCCAUAAUACUGAUUGUAUAACCAGCUUUUUCAGUGUAUUGUUUGGUAGAAUCAAUGCUGGUUCAGGCUAUUUGACCAAGAACAAUCUAAAUGUGGUCUUUGGAUUCAUUUGUAGUUCCUGUUUCAUUUUGAAGACUUAUAAGGAGGAAAAAAGGAUUGCAAAAAUUAAUAGAUUCCAAAUAUUUAUUUCUGUGCUUCCAUUUUGGAAAAACAUUUUAAUGAUACCACAGGAAAAAAUAUUUUUAAUAUGUCAGCCUAUUUCUGAAGUACCUUCCAACACUUGCAUGCCUACCUACAUUCAAAAUGACGUACAUAUAAAAAAAAGUCUCAUCAUGAGUCUAGGGUUUAUUUAUUGCACUGUGCUACAUUUUUGUGUUAUAGCCUACGAAGAAAUUACCAUAACUAGCAUUUCAAAGUACUUACAGACAAGUAAAUAGGAAUUUGUUGUUAACAGUGGUUUUUCAUUAUAUUUAAUUUCCUUGUAGAGUGAUCAGAAGCAGUAAAGAGCUUGCAGUAUACUCAGUAAUACUGGCAGGUUCUGAAUACUGCGUAAUUCAGAAGCACAGACAAAAGCAGGAGUAUGCUAAAUAUAGUGGCCCAAAUGUUCAGUGCUGCUGACUAAAAUCCCAAGGGAUGAAUGUUGCAGGUGUCAUUUCAGUGACCAAGUGGCUUAUUUUAGGGAUGGAUUUGAGUGAGAUGAACUCUACGGGAGGUUUUUUUUUUUCAUUUCUUCCCCCCCACUUGCCUUUGUCAGAGAAUCCUUUUUUGACAGUAACGUAGUGAUUUAAAACUCACCAAACACUUCAGAUAAAUCAUCUCUAUCAACAGGAAAGGAAACUGGAUAGAAAGCCAAAAAACCUCACCAGGAAACAGAGCUAGAUCGUCACUGGCUGCUGUUUCCUCGGAGACAUUGUUACCAACAGCAGAACUCCCACAGAUUGCCGUGAUGCAGCCCCAACCAGUAGCACAGUCAUUUGAGAAAACCAGUUAAAAACUCAGUUCAGGAAGGUUGGUUCAGAUUCCUUCACAGGAACAGAAGUGUAUUCUAUAGUCAGUUGCGAGCAAUGUCAAAUUUUUAGCAGCCCAUAUUAACAGGUGCCACUAAAACUGCAAAAAUAACGAAUCCAGGGCAAGAUGACAAACCCAGACCUCAGCUCUCCAUGGUGACCUGAGCCCUUACAUCUCACCUGUGGAACUUGAGUCUGUUUCUCUUCCUCUAAAAUGGACUCGUCUCCAUCAAAUGGAUGUUGGUGGCGCAUUUUAUCUCCCAUGUGUCUUUUAAGGGGAAAAAAAGUAGACCUUGUAAACUGUUUAGUCAUGCCCCCUACAUUACCCUGUGAUCAGGCAAGCAGACCAUAUGGUAAUUGAAUGAAAGAGGUAAAUAAUUUAAUAGGGAACGUGAUUAGAGCUUUUCUAUUAACAGCAGCUAAAAGUUACUGAUUACAGUGUUCAAGCAUAGCCUUUGGCAUCUCAUAAUUUUAAUCAUUCAAGGAUGGACCUUGCAAAAAAUUGGGGAAACAAAGUAACUGUAUUUAGUAGGAUUUAACCAGUAUUUCUACAGAAAAGUGAAUGAACUCAGCUUUUCAGUAUACACAGAAUUCUGUCUCCUUCCAUUUCCUUGCAUACCUUCUGUAUGUCAUUUGGCUCCCGUGUACCUUAUGCUGUAGCACAGUGUCUGUGUGCCAUGUGAGAACAUCACAGCGUACAGUGUACAUUUAUCUAGUUUAUCCAGAGCUAACAUUGUGAUCUCCCUUGUGCUAUUGGAAGUGGAGGGAAGGCCAGAAUGGAAGAAAUGACCACACAGGUCGUGUAAGACACAUAUGUUGGGCACCUUGGAUGUUUUCCCAUCAAUGCUACAGAUUUCCUAAGAGAAUCUUUCUCCAUGUGAGAAGCUAGAGCACAGUUUCUGCUGUAGCACAGUCUCCCUCCAAAUCCCAAAAGCUUCCAAGAGAUCUAUUUAGAAAGCAGAGUAGAUCACAGACUUUGGACGCUGGCCUCCAGAACUUUUGCUUGACCCAAAAGAUGUAGGAGGAAAGAAAUUUUGGUAUUUCCUUGUCUUCCUGGGACUUGCCAGUAGGGCUUGGCUGCACUAAAAUGGGUAGGUGUGUGGUAGCACUGUUGUGAACCGCAGUACAGACAGCUGAUGAAAUGAGUCCUUGGUUUUAUUUAAUCCUGACAUUGAAUAACAAAAAAAUGGCAACUGCAGUGUUGAGAAAUCUAGGUGAAGUAUAGUAUUUACAGAUGAUAUGGAUAAAGGCAAGGAUGGCCAAGGCUGUAGGAGUAUUGCAAAGCUGCAGAACUACGUUGCAUUAAGUUUGUGGAUGGUCAGUGAGUGGGGAGAACAGGAGGUACUUCUAUGCAGAGUCUGACAAGCAUAAACCAAUACAGCAUAAAGUUGGAGGAGCAAAACUCUAUAAAUAAAAUUUCUUACUCAGUGAAAAUCCAAAAGGUAAAUAGCCUUAUGGAGGUCAGUAUUAAUCGCAGCUGCCCCCACCCCCCAAAACAAGGAAAAAUCCAGGGGAAAAAGAAAGCAGUUAAGUGACAACAGCAUCUUUUCUCCCCUGAUAUUUUUUUUUUCCCAAGACUUUAUAUUUCCUUUACUAUGUGAUUUGAAGGUAAGUAUCAUAUAUAUAUAUUGUUGUGAGGACCUGUACUGGUGUCCACUGAAAUCAAUAUGUGCUUUUCAUUGACUUCAGUGCACUUUAAACCGGAGGGAAAAUGCACCAUUUUGAAAGAGUCUGAUAUGAGUUAACUUGUACAGUCUUCAUUUGUAGGUGUCUCCUCAGAGUGAAGAUGUAGCUUUUUUGGAGAAUAUGAGCGCGGUGAGCAGUUUCAGCAUGUUCUGAGUAAAUCAGACUCUGAAAGUAAGUUUUUGCCACAUCCCAAGCAAGUGAGGGUAGUGCGAAGUACAGAUUAUUCUCUCUUUGCUGAUGCUAUGUACUGUGUUCUUAGCUGGAGGGAACAAAAAAUGAAAUUAUUGUAAAAUUGGUAGAAUUUGUAAAAAAUACUUUAUUUUCAUGUGAAUUAGACAGUGUGGUAGGUAUUUAUUUCAGAAUUGACUGCCUUCUACUCUGUAACUUAGUGCAUCUACAAGUAUCUCUUAGACUUUCUUAUGCUUUUUGCGUUAUUCCACUAGAAAGGACUUCAAAGUAAACCAGUUACUAUCCACUGCAGUUCACUACAUUUUUUUGUCAUAAUUCUAUUUUCAUUUUCUUGUGCAAGAGAAACUGAGAGCAUGAUAGCUUCUUUAAAAAUAACAGCAACAAAAAUAAAAAGCCUUGGAGAUUCCCUUUUUAGAAAACCAUCAAAAACUCCCAUCAAUUAUUCAAUGCUCUUUUUAAAUAAUACCAUAGUUUUAACAUUUAAAAAUACUAAUGUGAUCGCAGCCUGGAUACCUCUCUCUCUCUAUAUAUAUAUGUAUUUGUAUGUAUCCAUUCAGAUAAUAUGAAAUCCCUGAAUUGUAAGGGAGGCAGGCUCAAGAUGCACUUGCAAGCAGUCUUGUUUUAAAAGACUGGUUUUCUGGAUGGAAAGCACCUUAUGAGGUAGAGUUUUGUUGUUUGGGGCUUUUGUUUGUUUGUUUUCUUUUAAGUUAUCUUCAUAUUGCUAUUUUUAAGAAAAAGAUCCCAAGGAAAAAUACAGUAUUACUAGUUAACCCUCAGCUAGCCCAGAGAUCUAGGUUACUUCUCGCUGGUGGUCUUGUUGAUCUCCUUCAACAUUGUCUGUGUGUUUUUGUGAAUGUUAUAUCCAUGUUGCUUUUAACUGACAUAGCACUCUCAGGGUGAUCUGAUGGCAUAAAGAAGCAUUUAAAGAAACAAUAGUUGUUUGUGAAUGUGUUUCCAUCCUUGGAAGAAACCUAACUGGAGUUUGGUAGAAGAAGCAGGUGACAGUAUGAAGCACUUAGCUGGACUUCUGAGCUUGAUGCGUAACAAAAUUUAGUUGAGUACUGCUUUCUCUUGCCUCAUCAUUUUGUGCUGGUGGCUUAUCUCCAUGGUAAGUAAAGAUGCACAAUGUUGUAGGACUCAGAAGUCCAAAAUAUGUAGAAGUAUUUCUUCAAAGUGCUUUUGGAGUAUGGGAUGGUUAACCUGAUUACUAACAGUAACUUCACAGUCUGCUUUACAUUUGCAAGCUUGAAAAUCUCUUGUUCUGCUAGAAUGGACCAGGUCAUCAAAUGAAUAAAAUGUCAUCAAUAGAUUAUUCUGUAUGUAUAUGUAUUUCAUUUUUUGUUAAUUUGUGGCAACAUUCUCGGGCACCAGGUCAGUGGUGGAGAUCUGAGAAGUUUCAGAUAAACAGAGUUCUUUUAGAAUUACCUGAAAAUAUAAUUUUGUCUCAUAGAAGCAUGCCUUUGCUGAUCCAUACCAAUGGCACAUUCAUGGUGGAAAUAAAUCCACUUGUGCAAAAUCCUGGCCUUGAGUAUUUAACCCGUAUUUGGAGGGCUCAUAAUGCACGUUGGGCAGGUCAGGACUCGGGGCACACUUACUCUAAGAGGCUUCUGGACUGGAGCUGGCUAUGUCCUGCCAUCCUCUGAAGCAGUCAGCACCAGACAGACCACAAGCAGAAUCCAGGUUGGUUUUUUUGGGUCAGUGUUUUGGUUCUUUUUUUUUGUUUUGU